ACGUGCACAUGCUCCAUGCGCCCCAAGGUCACCCACGCUGGCCCGCCGCAAGCCCCGUGGGGAUCAUGCUCUGAAGAGAUGGGGGCUUCGGUGUUCCGCGCCAUCAGGAAUUUCAAACUGGAGAACCGAGUGGAACAGGAGAUCAGCAAGAGGAAGCCCUCCACGGUUCCCAAGCACCCUUCUACCAAGAAGCUCCUGCUGGAGCAGAUGAACCAUCAUCCUGAAAUGGAGGGAGAAGUUACUAAAAAAGAUAGCAAGCUGCUGUCACUUUUAAAAGAUGUAUAUGUUGAUUCCAGAGAUCCCGUGCCUUCAUUGAAGGUAAAAGUUCAACCAAAGCCAUUGCCAAAGGAGUUGAGAAUGCCAAAAGACCAUCACUCGGAAAUGAAUGUCACCGGCAUUCCUAAAGGCAAAAUUUCCAUUAUAGAGGCACCUACGCUUUUCAAUAAUCAUAAACUUUACACAGAAACUUGGACUGCUGAGAAAAUAGCACAAGAAUACUACUUGGAACUGAAUGAUGUAAAUUCUCUACUCAAAUAUUUUGUUACUUUUGAAGUUUUCUCACCUGAAGACAAGAAAGCACUACAAUCAAAAUGAAGAACAGCACAAAAUGACUUUUCCUAGCUCUGUGCUCUGCUUAUUUCCUCCUGUUUAGCAUACUAAAUUACACCACUCACUUUGUGUCUCAUGCUCCCCCAGUCUGAGAACACACUAUUUAUUGAGUUCAGAGUUUCUAGGGUUAUUUCAUAGGAUAUAUUUUGUUAUAAAUGUUAACUUGAUUUAUGUACUGAUCCUGCGUAUACAUUAGCAUGGCUAAUCAGCACACCUAUAAAGUUAUUGUAAAUUAAAGAUAAUUUUUCAUCUGAGGAGUAUUGUAUCAGAUCAGGUAGCCAGAAUUCUACACUUAAAACUCAAGCAUCUUCUUCCACUGAAGAUGAUUAAUUUUUUGUUGUGAAAUUUGAAAGUAAGAGCUCUCUUGACUCCUGUACAGACAUAAUGGUUUUUUGUUAGAGAAAGAUACCUUCAAUGGUGAGAUAGAAAAAUAUAGUUUCCCAGAUAAAGACAAUGAGGAGACUGGACAGAAAAUACAUUUUUUAUUACUACUUGGGAAUCAGAAUUAACAGAAAUAAUUUACUUUGAGUUGGUAAUGAGUAUGGAAUAACAUUAUAAAGUUAAGGUGGUUCUUAUAAAAUGAAAGCAAUCCCUGCUUUGA